UUUUAAAUACAAAGAUUUAGGAUUAUAGGGAUCCAGAAAGUUUAAAAUAUAUAUAUACAUAUGGCUUGACGUAUGGUAUGAUGUAUAUACAACUGGACAGGUGUUAAUCCAAACUGUGUAUAGUUAUCUGGUUUAGUCAAGGAGUCUUACUCUUUGGUUUAGUCAUCAAUUCUAGUUUCAACAUGGUGGACACCGUAUGCGACGACGUGAUUAAUAACGUGCACAGUUUAAAUUUAAAAGAAGAAAAGUCGAAGAUGAAGCAAUUGAAAAAGAAGACUGUCGCUACUGAUAAAGAAGCAAUUUCAGAGUUAAAUCCGUGGCCGAGUUAUAUUCAGGAUCGUAUUGAAUUAUGGAAUAAAUUGAAAGCAGAAUAUGAAGAAUCGUUAGCUACAAAGUCAGUUAAUGAUAUAACAAUAACUCUUCCUGAUGGGAAAGAGGUUAUAGGCCAGUCUUGGCGUACAACUCCAUAUGAAAUCGCCAAAAAUAUUAGUCAAGGUUUAGCAGAUAACACAGUUAUCGCAAAAGUUAACAAUGAAUUAUGGGAUCUUGACAGACCUCUUGAAUAUGAUUGCAAACUUGAACUUCUUAAAUUUGAUGAUCCAGAUGCCCAACAAGUUUUUUGGCAUUCUAGUGCUCAUGUUUUAGGAGAAGCAAUGGAAAGAAUAUAUGGUGGUUGUUUAUGUUAUGGUCCUCCAAUAGAAAAUGGGUUUUACUAUGACAUGUAUCUUGGUGAUAAAGGAAUUUCAAACCUUGAUUUUCCGUUUUUGGAAAGUCUGUACAAGAAUAUAGUCAAAGAGAAACAACCAUUUGAAAGAUUAGAAAUGACAAAGGAAGAUCUUUUGGAUAUGUUCAAGUAUAAUGAAUUUAAACUUCGAAUUAUUAAUGAGAAGAUUCAUACACCUACUACUACAGUUUAUAGAUGUGGUCCAUUAAUAGAUUUAUGUAGAGGACCACACAUUAGACAUACUGGAAAAGUUAAAGCAAUUAAAAUCACCAAAAACUCUUCCACCUAUUGGGAAGGAAAUGCUAAUGCAGAAUCUUUACAGAGAGUAUAUGGGAUCAGUUUUCCAGAUACUAAACAAUUAAAAGAAUGGGAGAAGUUUCAAGAAGAAGCUGCCAAACGAGAUCAUCGGAAAAUUGGAAAAGAACAAGAACUAUUUUUCUUCCAUGAACUUUCCCCAGGAUCCUGCUUCUUUCAACCACGUGGAGCUUAUAUUUACAAUACUCUAGUUGAAUUUAUUCGUUCUGAAUACAGAAAGAGAGGUUUCCAAGAAGUAGUUACACCUAAUAUCUACAACAGUAAAUUAUGGCAAACAUCUGGUCAUUGGAUGCAUUAUGCAGAAAACAUGUUUUCGUUUGAUGUUGAAAAGGAAACGUUUGCGCUUAAACCAAUGAAUUGUCCUGGUCAUUGCAUGAUCUUUGAUGUUCGUAAUCGCUCUUGGCGCGAAUUGCCAUUAAGAAUGGCAGAUUUUGGCGUAUUGCAUCGGAACGAGUUAUCUGGUGCGUUAACGGGGCUUACCAGGGUAAGGCGUUUCCAACAAGAUGAUGCGCAUAUAUUCUGUGCAGCUGAUCAAAUUAAGGAUGAAGUGACCGGCGCACUUGAAUUUUUACGGCAUGUAUACUCUGUAUUUGGCUUUACAUUUAAUUUGUGUUUGUCUACAAGACCUGAAAAGUAUUUAGGAGAUUUAGCCAUGUGGGAUCAGGCUGAAAAAGCGCUACAAGAAAGUUUAGAUGUAUUUGGAGACCCAUGGAAAUUUAAUCCAGGAGAUGGAGCAUUUUAUGGCCCAAAAAUUGAUAUAACAAUUAUGGACGCGCUUAAAAGAUCUCAUCAAUGUGCCACCAUUCAAUUGGAUUUCCAAUUGCCAAUUAGAUUUAAUUUAUCUUAUGUAAAUGAAGCUGGAGAGAAAACAAGGCCAGUAAUCAUACACAGAGCCAUUCUGGGUUCUGUUGAAAGAAUGAUUGCAAUUUUAACUGAAUCUUAUGCUGGGAAAUGGCCUUUUUGGUUAUCUCCACGCCAAGUUAUGGUCAUUCCAGUAAGUUCUCAAUUUGAUGAUUAUGCAUCUGAGGUGAAAGAAAAACUUUGGAAUGCCGGAUUCAUGGCGGAAAUUGAUACGGAUCCAAGUGACACUUUAAAUAAAAAAAUUCGAAAUGCUCAACUUGCACAAUUUAACUUUAUUCUUGUUGUUGGAGAAAAGGAACUGAAAGCUGGUACAGUGAAUGUACGAACCAGAGAUAAUGUGGUACAUGGGGAAGUUGCAGUAGAAGAUAUAAUCGAGCAAUUCAAAGGAUAUAAAGAAAGAAAAGAUAAAAAUUGUUAAAAGAGAAACUUUAAUGAGCU